CCAAGACCUUGUCGACAUCUUCUUCCUACAGCUGUUUGUUUAUGUUUGAUUUAGUUUGUUGUUUUGUCAACAUAACCUUUAUAUUAUGUUUUAGUAGGAUUGUCUCAUUGAAUUAUUCAAAAGUGUAUUUCUGUGUAGCUGUAAGUGAGGGCCAUACAUUUUUAAAAUGGCUGUGGCAAACAUUACUGAAGAAACCAUUGAAAUGGAUCAAGAGCUAGCUAAAAAGUUGUUUGUUGAAGGAGCCUGUUUUGUCGUCCUGGAUGUUCCACUAGGAACUGAAUUUGGAAUUGAUUUAAAAUCUUGGGAAACUGCUGAAAGGUUUAAAGGUGUGAAAAUGAUUCCACCUGGAUUGCACUUUAUUUAUUACAGUGGCACAAAUAGACACGGAGAUGUGACUCCUCGAGCUGGAUUUAUGCAUAUUUUCAAGAGAUCAGAAAUUCUAGUUCGAAGAUGGGACUCGGAGAAAGAAGAGAUUAGUGACAAAGAACUCCCCGAAGAGACUGUUUCACGAAUCCAGUCCGAUAUAAGAAACCUAGACCCUUGUCUGGGAGUCUACCCAUAUGACAUGUAUGGCAGGUGGUUGAAACUAAACAGUUACAUAUCACAGGAGUUGCUGUCCCGUCUGGUGCCUCUGUCGGGUCAGAUCAGGUCAGCACUGGAGUACACAGCGAGUCCUAGCACGCCAGUCACUGAGCGGAAAAGGCGCAGUCGACCUUCCACCGCAGAGGAGAGAGAGGACGAUCUGCUACCGCAGCUGAGUGCCACACCUGGUACAGAACUGAGGCUGACACCGUACCCCUCGCAGAGCUACCCCGACGGGGCCAGCCCUCAGGAGAUCACACGUCACUCUCUGGACCCCACGUACACGCUAGACAGUCUGCUCACCAGUUACACAAAGCCCAGUGAUCUACUGGGAGAGCUGCAGUUUUGUUUCAUCUGUUUCCUGACGGGACACUGUCUGGAGGCGUUGGACCAAUGGAAGCGUUUAGUGCGUCUGUUGUGUAGCUGCCAGGCAGCUGUCUGUCGCCGACCCCAGCUGUACUCUCAGUUCCUGGACGUGUUGGAGCUACACCUCUCCGAGAUCCCCGAGGACUUCCUGGUGGAUAUUGUAGCCUCAGUGAAUCUUGUCUACGUCAGCCUCAGGGAGCUGUUCCGAACGAUGCAGACGGACAGUGAGGUGGAGGGGCGACUGCGGAGCAAGGCUGAACGUUUUCAGCAGCGGCUCACAGACAAGUUCGAAUGGGAUUUUGAAGAUUUGGACAGAGAUGAAGAUGAUGAGGCACCUGUCAUAGUUGAGCUGUGAUGAAGAGACUCCCGAGUUUAAUUUUCUGUUUAACUGCAGUUAUUACCACCUUCUAAAAUGUAAAUGUUCCCACGUCAUGUGGUAACAAAUAAUCAAGAGGGAACUUUCACAAUCCACUGGCCUUUAUUUCUAUUGCGUGCUGGGGAAAUACUGUACAGUAUUCUUUAUCAAGCUUUAUUUUAGAACUCGUCAAUAAACCUUAUGAUUCAGGUCAUAUUGGGCAUUAUUAAACAAGAAAAAUCAUAUUUUAAACAAGUAAGGGUUUCUAAAAGAAAAAAUGUACCGCACAAUUUCUCAAAUUUUAUUUUGAACUAAUUGAAUUGGAAACUGAUCCCACUAAUACGCAAACAAAAUGUUGCUUUUGUAAAUAAACUUUUAUUUUUA